AUGGAGCAGGCGAGCCAGGACCUCGGCGCGCUCGGGAUCCAGGGCCCUGCGGCAGCGCACGGGUAUCAAAGGCCCGGCGAACAGCACGCGGGGUUCCGGGGCCCUGCGGUGGCUGGAUCCAAGGGUGGCGGCGGGAAGAGGCUCGCCGGCCAUGCCGGAGGAGGUCCCCCGGUCGUGCGGAAGGAGGCGCACCGGCCAUUGGGGAGGAGGGUAGGUGGCCGCGCCGGAGGUGGCGCGCGGGCCGCGGGGGAGGAAGGGCGCCGACUGCACGGGAGGAUGCGCUCUGGCCGCGGGUGUGGUGGCGCCGGCCGUGGAGGUGGGCGUCGGCCGCGCGGUAGGUGUGGCGGCGAUUUGGGAGAGGAUGUCGGGAAGGGAAGGCCGGGAUAUGGGAUGUAUAGCUGGCCAAACGGGCCGUGCUAA